AACUUCAAACCACAAAUUUAAUUAAGGCAUCUUCUGCAUUGGUACCGUAGUACAUACUCUACGCUCAUAAGAAAUGGCUGAAACAACCAAGAAUCCUGAAACGAAGAGGGUUGCAGUUGUAACAGGAGCCAACAAAGGAAUAGGAUUUGAGAUAUCUAAACAGCUAGCUUCAAAUGGGGUCAAGGUAAUAUUAACUGCUAGAGAUGUGAAGAGGGGCACUGAAGCUGUUGAAAUACUCAAGGCUGCUGGAUACUCCGAUUUGAGUUUUCAUCAACUUGAUGUCUCGGACCCAGUUAGCAUUUCUUCUUUCGUGAAUUUCAUCAAAACCGAAUUUGGGAAGCUUGACAUAUUGGUAAAUAACGCAGCGGUUAAUGGAUUAACCACAGUUGGUACAGUGGAUCCAAAAGACUUAAAAUUUGGCCCUGAUGAUGUUGAAGGUCCAAAUGCCGGAGCCUUUAAGAAAUUUGUACAGCAAACUUAUGAAUCCGCGGUGAACUCUUUCAAAACAAAUUAUUAUGGGAUCAAGCAUUUGAGCGAAGAACUUAUUCCACUUCUUCAGUUAUCAAAAUCACCAAGAAUAGUAAACAUCUCCUCCCGCUUGGGGCAGCUCAAGCUGAUUUCAAAUGAGAACGCAAAGAAGAAGCUAGGAGAUAUAGAUGGUCUCACAGAAGAGAAAGUGGAUGAGGUGGUUGAAGAGUUCUUAGAAGAUGUGAAGGAGAAUUUGAUAGAAGAUAAAGGUUGGCCUAGUAAUAAUUUUUCAGCGUAUUCUGUCACCAAGACAGUUCUGAAUGCAUACACAAGGGUUCUAGCGAAGAAGUAUCCCACAAUUGCCAUUAACGCAGUCGGUCCUGGAUUUACCAAAACAGAUUUGAAUUACAACGCUGGGGCCUUGACUACUGAAGAAGCUGCAAAAGGCCCUGUGAUGUUGGCUUUGACGCUUGAUUCUAAGUCUUCUGGACUUUUCUUUGAUAAGACAGAAAUGUCAACAUUUUGACUGCAAAAUAUUGUGUAAUAGUUAUAGCAGCAAUAGAAUAACAUGUUAUGUAUGUGUACUAAUGUGUGCGUGGAAGGCAGAGACAGAG